AGAGUAUUGAGGACGCCGAGUUCCCAAAAGGUGGAGCCCCAUGGAAAGGCGUCAAUAGCGGGCCGAGAGGCCGGCGGAUGGACAGCACCACCAGCCAAUCGCGUGUCACAGAAGGGGGCCGCCCCCAAGGAGGGCGGUGGCUGAGCGAGGAGGGAGCGUUGCUAGGGAAGCGCCGGUGGGAGGACGGGGCUGCGGAGCCUGCGGCGCUGCCCGAGUUCGAAUAGCCGGCUCCAGCACCCUGGGGUCCCUCACCUGAGGCAGGGCUCAAGUCAUCAUCGCUGUGACCCCCCGGGAACAGUCCCCUGUUCCCCUUGUGGCAGCACGGAGCAUGGUGAAACUAGCUGCAAAGUGCAUCCUGACAGGUGACUCAGCAGUAGGGAAGAGUGCCCUGGCCCAGAUGUUCUGCAAUGAUGGAGCUCAUUUCCAGAAAAACUACACACUGACAACGGGCGUGGAACUGUUGGUGAAGACUGUAUCUGUUCCAGAGACAAGUGAUAGUGUGGAACUCUUCCUUUUUGACUCAGCAGGCAAAGAACUAUUUUCUGAGCUGAUGGAGAAACUGUGGGAGCAGCCCAAUGCCCUGUGUAUUGUGUAUGAUGUCACCAAUGAACAGUCUUUCAACAACUGUGCCAAGUGGCUGGAGAAGCUGAGGGCACAAACACUUGGAAUGCACCUUCCAGGUGUUUUAGUGGGGAAUAAAACAGACCUGAUUGGUCGACGAGUUGUGGAGCAGAAACGGGCAAAGGAGUGGGCUGAGAUCCAUGGCCUGCAAUACUGUGAGACAUCAGUGAAGGAGAUGGAGAACGUCGAAGACCCUUUCCACAUACUGGCAAACUCAUUCCAUCGACUGUACAGAGAGAAGGUGGAAACCUUUCAUUCACUAGUGUGAGGGCCUUGGGUAUAGCAACUUGCUUAGUCCCUGUGGGGUUUCUUUUAGUUCGGAAACACCCUGAUGCCUAAAAUCCCGCAGACUGGAAGAUGGAGAGAAAGUGAGAGAUGAGAUUAUUUUUUUCCCCCCUUGUGACCGUUUCCUGACCAUUCAGAUUAAACCGGAAAUAAAUAUGGGGAAAGGAAGCCA